CUGAAAUGACAGUGGUAGCAAGAGGAGAAGUAUAUAUUCCAGAGCUCGGAGUCCGUCACACACAGGCUCAUACCUUUCCUGCCAACUUCUUCCUCCAGAAAUACAAGGCUUUUAGGUCACACUAAGUCAACAUGCAUUUGUUUGCUGAAGCAACCAUGAAAUUUACACUUGAGCUGUACCUGCAGCUCAGAGGAUCAAAGGACAACAUCUUCUAUUCUCCCCUUAGCAUCAUGACAGCAUUAGGAAUGCUCCAGCUUGGAGCCAAAGGAAACACCGAAAAACAAAUUGAGAAGGUUCUUCAAUUCAAUGAAGUUGCAAAGAAGACAACAAAAAAAUCUACAGAAUGUCAUGAUGAAGAGGCAGAAAAUGUACAUGACCAAUUUCAAAAGCUUAUGACUCACUUAAACAAACGCAAUGAUGCUUAUGACCUGAACCUUGUCAACAGUAUCUAUGGAGCAAAGGAAUUCCCAUUUCUCCAGGAAUUUUUGGAAGACAUUAAGAAAUUUUACCAUGCCAAUGUGGAAUCGCUUGAUUUUUUACAUGCUGCAGAAGAAAGCCAAAAGAAGAUUAAUUCCUGGGUGGAAAGCCAAACAAAUGGAAAAAUCAAAGAUUUAUUUCCAAGAGGGACCCUGAGCAGUAGCACGAUUCUGGUUCUGGUGAAUGCAGUGUACUUCAAAGGACAAUGGGAUCACAAAUUUGAUGAAAAGCAUACUAGAGAAGAAAAGUUUUGGCUGAAUAAGAAUACCAAUAAAUCUGUCCAGAUGAUGACACAGAAAAACGACUUCAACUUUAACUCACUGGAGGAUGUGCAGGCCAAGAUCGUGGAAAUACCAUACAAAGGCAAAGGACUAAGCAUGUUUGUCCUCCUGCCAAAUGAAAUUGAUGGUCUAAAGAAGCUUGAAGAGAAACUCACUGCUGACAAGUUAAUAGAGUGGACAAGCCCACAGAACAUGGACAUGAUAGAGUUGUAUUUAUCUUUACCUCGGUUCAAAGUGGAAGAAAAGUAUGACCUCCCAACUCCAUUGGAAAACAUGGGGAUGCCGGAUGCCUUCAACCCACAGAAGGCCGACUUCUCCGGCCUCAGCAGCACUCACGGUCUCGUGGUGUCUAGUGUUGUACACAAGUCCUUUGUGGAAGUAAAUGAAGAGGGGACAGAAGCUACAGCUGCCACAGGGGUGGAAGUCUCUUUAACAUCAGCAGGGAUAACUGAAGAUUUCACUUGUAAUCACCCGUUCCUAUACUUCAUCAAGGAUAACAAGACCAACAGCAUCCUCUUCUUUGGCAGAAUGUCUUGCCCUUAAUUGCAGUGACUCUGCCAAGCUCCUGGAGAAGCUGACAGAGUUGAUGCAGUUAGCAGAGGCUUGGAAACAACAGAUUGUCUUGCUUCAUUUUCCUUUCCCGUCUCAGUCACUACUAAAAAUGCAUGAGGUGAAGCAGUAUACAUAUAGAUAUAGAUCUUAUUUCAUAUAUCAUAUUUCAUAUGUCAUAUACACUGCUUUCUAUACACCUAUAUAAAUCUGGUUUCUCCAUAUAAACAUUCUCUAGAAAAAAAUGUUCAAUGAAAAGAUGAGAUCUUAAUAUAGUUUCUUCUAAUCUAACAUGUAUCUGUUUGUGAUCUGUUUUAAAUAAGCUAAAAUAAAUCAUACCUUUUCUUUAAACGGAUUAGCAUAAACAUCUACAUUUCUUUAACUUUAGGAGAUAUCUCAGAUACUUUACAUGCUUCUAUAUUUUGUGACUUUACAAAAUACGUUUUCAAUAAAAUAAUGGUUUUUUGGA